GGGUUUUGAAGGAGCCAAUGAGUGCUCAGAGCGGAGAGUUUAAGAAGCGGAGGCCGGCACUGCAGAGACCGGUCUGGGAUCGGAAUCUAGUCGGAGGUGGAGGGCUCCGCGGGCAUCCACUCCAAGGACCCCUCCUCCUGCAGACGCUCCCAUGGCGCAGUUCGUGUUCGAGAGUGACCUGCACUCGUUGCUGCAGCUGGAUGCACCCAUCCCCAAUGCACCCCCUGCGCGCUGGCAGCGCAAAGCUAAGGAAGCUGCGGGACCGGCCCCCUCACCCAUGCGGGCCGCCAACCGAUCCCACAGCGCAGGCAGGACCCCAAGCCGAACACCCGGCAAAUCUAGCUCCAAGGCACAGACCACUCCCAGCAAACCUGGUGGUGACCGCUAUAUCCCCCAUCGCAGCGCUUCCCAGAUGGAAGUGGCCAGUUUCCUCCUAAGCAAGGAGAACCAGCCUGAAAAUAGCCAGACGCCCACCAAGAAGGAACAUCAGAAAGCCUGGGCUUUGAAUCUGAACGGCUUUGAUGUGGAGGAAGCCAAGAUCCUUCGGCUCAGUGGAAAACCACAAAAUGCCCCAGAGGGUUACCAGAACAGACUGAAAGUGCUUUAUAGCCAGAAGGCCACGCCUGGCUCCAGCCGGAAGACCUGCCGUUACAUUCCUUCCCUACCAGACCGUAUCUUGGACGCCCCUGAAAUCCGGAAUGACUACUACCUGAACCUUGUGGACUGGAGCUCUGGGAAUGUACUGGCUGUGGCGUUGGACAACAGUGUGUACUUGUGGAGUGCUAGCUCUGGUGACAUCUUGCAGCUGCUGCAAAUGGAGCAGCCUGGGGACUAUAUAUCUUCUGUGGCCUGGAUAAAAGAGGGCAACUACCUAGCUGUGGGCACCAGCAGUGCCGAGGUGCAGCUAUGGGAUGUGCAGCAGCAGAAGCGGCUUCGAAACAUGACCAGUCAUUCGGCUCGAGUGGGCUCCCUAUGCUGGAACAGCUAUAUCCUGUCCAGUGGCUCACGCUCUGGCCAUAUCCACCACCACGAUGUUCGGGUAGCAGAACACCAUGUGGCCACACUGACUGGCCACAGCCAGGAGGUGUGUGGGCUGCGCUGGGCCCCAGAUGGACGACAUUUGGCCAGUGGUGGCAACGAUAACGUGGUCAAUGUGUGGCCUAGUGCUCCCGGAGAGGGUGGCUGGGUUCCCCUGCAGACAUUCACCCAGCAUCAAGGGGCUGUCAAGGCUGUAGCCUGGUGUCCCUGGCAGUCCAACGUCCUGGCAACUGGAGGGGGUACCAGUGACCGGCACAUUCGCAUCUGGAACGUCUGCUCUGGGGCCUGUCUGAGUGCUGUGGAUGCCCAAUCCCAGGUGUGCUCCAUCCUCUGGUCUCCCCACUACAAGGAGCUCAUCUCGGGCCACGGCUUCGCCCAGAACCAGUUGGUUAUUUGGAAAUACCCAACCAUGGCCAAGGUGGCUGAGCUUAAAGGUCACACUGCCCGGGUCCUAAGUCUGACCAUGAGCCCAGACGGGGCCACGGUGGCAUCGGCAGCAGCAGAUGAGACCCUGAGGCUGUGGCGCUGCUUUGAGUUGGACCCUGCACGGCGGCGGGAACGGGAGAAAGCCAGUGCAGCCAAAAGCAGCCUCAUUCACCAAGGCAUCCGUUGAGGACCAACUCAUCACCUCAGUUUUUUGUUUUUGUUUUUUAUUUUUCUAAUAAAGUCAUGUCUCUCUCUCUUC